AUGCCAUGGUUUUUCAGUGCUCCCUGGCUCCCAAAAUUCAAUGGUGAGCGGCGGCAAUUCGGGGAAUGGCGUGCCCAGGUGCAGGCUAUGCUGCGUGCACAACCACUCUCUGAUGAACAGCAAGCCGACUUCAUCUUCAGCGCCUUAGAAGGAGAAGCCCGGCGCGAAGUGGCAUUAUUGGAUGCAGCACAACGCAACACUGGCAAGCACAUUCUUUCUGCCCUAAAGGAACUUUAUGGGGAGACCCUCAAUGCAGCGCAAGCAAGAGCAGCCUUUUUCAAGUGCCGACAAAGCCCUGAUGAGAAGGUAGGGGAUUUCAUUCUCCGGCUGAGGGAAUGCCAUGCGAAGUGGCGACAGCUUGACCGACAGGCUGCAGGGGCGGAAGACGAGGCACCGCUGGACCAGUUUGUGCUGGGCAUGAAGGCGGGUCCUGUGAGAACAGAACUACAGCGUUACCUGCGUCGACAGCCUCUUCAAGGUUUUAAGGCAGUGACUGCAGAAGCCCGGGCCCUAGAAGAGGAGCUGGGAAGUGGCACUGAGGAGGCCCAGGCGAGUGCAGUAAGAGCCACUCCUGCCCGUGCAGCAACCAUGAUGGAAAGGAGGGAAGAACCAACUGGACCGACCCACAAGCAGAUGGAUGACUGGAAGGAAGAACUGCGCCGUGAGCUGCAACAAGAACUGUCAGAGCAAGUGAAGGCCCUUGGCACGCAGUUAGUAGAGCAGCUGCGGGGACAUGCUGCCUCCAACAGCCGACCAGGGGACAGCUCCCGGGAGCAACCACGAGAUCAUACAACACCCCCUCCAACCCAGGCAGGCCUUAGCCAUGCGACGAGUUACCAGUGGGACCCACAAGGCCGACCCAUCUGCUUGGAUUGCAGGGAGGCUGGCCAUGUGCGGAGGAAUUGCCCCAAGCGGCAGCGGCCCUCAAGGGGUUUUCAGAACCCCCCACCGCAGCGGGCCGGCCGAAUCCGAACUCUUAGUGUGGGGACGGACGAGCGAAGAUUCGUCUUCCUCAGGACGACAGUCCUUGCAGAACUCCACGGAGUGUCAGCAGAAGACGUCCAAGCACAACGGGUGCUCCGCCUGCAUGGUGAAGAGACCGGGACUGUCGAGGUUACCAUCCAUAGCGUUGAUGCCCUCCAGGCCGGUGACUCUGCAGCGCCCCCCGUCCUGGGUGAAGGGUUGACUACAGAACAGCAACAGAGGGUGAAAGGCCGGAUGGACCAGUGGAGGGCUGUGUUCGCGCAGCACGAGGAAGACUUUGGGCGGACAGGGGCCGUUCAACAUCAGAUUCCGACCGGCUCUGCACCACCCAGCCGGGAACGAUACCGGCCUGUGCCGCCCAGCCUCUAUCCCGAGCUCCGCAGUCUACUGAAAGGCAUGCUGGAGACUGGGGUAGUACGGGAGAGUUCCAGCCCUUGGGCAGCCCCAAUUGUCCUCGUUAAAAAGAAAGAUGGCUCCUGGCGCUUCUGCGUGGAUUAUCGAAAACUCAAUGCGGUAACACACAAAGAUGCUUACCCAUUACCACGCAUUGAAGAGUCACUGACCUGCUUAAAGAAGGCUGCCUGGUAUUCCACUCUAGACUUAGCCGCUGGCUACUGGCAAGUCGAAGUUGAUCCUAAAGACAGGGAAAAGACCGCCUUCACGACCCCUAUGGGGCUAUAUGAAUUCGACCGGAUGCCUUUCGGAUUGUGUAACGCGCCAGCGACGUUCCAGCGGCUAAUGCAGCGGUGCCUGGGGGGAAUGAUUUACGAAUCCUUGUUAAUCUACUUGGAUGAUGUGAUCGUCUACUCCCCAGAUUUUGACAGCCAUUUGCGAGACCUGGAGACGGUGUUUCGACGCCUUCAGGAGAUGGGGCUCAAGCUACAACCCAAGAAAUGCCGGUUCUUCCAACAAAAGGUAACUUAUCUUGGCCAUGUAGUUAGCCAGGAGGGGGUAGCUACAGAUCCGACGAAGACUGCAGUAGUGGAGCAGUGGGAGGCACCAAGCACUGUCCAACAGCUGCGGUCCUUCCUCGGCUUCGUUGGCUACUAUCGUCGGUUUGUCCAAGACUUUGCCAAAAUCGCAGCCCCAUUGAACCGCCUCCUGCAAGGGGGUAGGACAACAAGCAAGAAUACCCCAGUGGUGUGGAGCACAACAUGUGAGCAAGCCUUUCGACAAUUGAAGAGCGCCCUGGUGAGUUCCCCGAUUCUGGCAUAUGCCGAUUUCACCCUUCCGUUCCGCCUGUACACUGAUGCGAGCCUGGAUGGGCUAGGGGCAGUUCUGUCUCAGGUACAGGACGGUAAGGAGAGGGUAAUAGCAUAUGCUAGUCGUAGCUUACACCCUACUGAAAGGAACGACCAGAAUUAUAGCUCUUUUAAGUUAGAAUUUUUAGCAUUAAAGUGGGCUAUGACUGAAAAAUUUAAGGAUUACCUCUGGGGUGCUACAGUUGAAGUAUUCACUGACAAUAACCCUCUUGUCCAUCUACAGUCAGCUCGGCUUGGCGCGGUAGAACAACGAUGGGCAUCGCAGUUGGCCAACUAUAAUUACACCCUGAAGUAUAGACCAGGGAAGCUUAACCAGAAUGCGGAUAUCCUGUCUAGGCUGCCCGGAGAGCAGGUGGCUACAGUGUGUCUGCUGCAAGGAGAGAGCGAAGCCCAACAGGAAGUGGAAGAGGACUGGGCCCACCAGCAACAACGAGACCCUGACCUGCGCCGGCUCUCGAGUUGGCUGGAGAGGGGGUCUCAACCGACUGCCCUGGAG